AUGCCAUCGUACAAAGCAAGUAUCUUGAAUCUUACCCUGUUCGUUUUCAUUCUAGGUUCUGGUCACUUUGCGACUGUGUGUAUAGGCACGUGCAGACAGUGUGAUGGCAAGCAGAUCCCUGUCUCUGUGAAGGCGAUUAAACACGAAAUUGACACUCCCAAUGAUGAGGCCCAAGACGAAGGCAAUUGGCCCCUAAAGUGUUACCCCCCAGAGUGCAUCUACUACUGGACGUUUGACUCCACGUCGGACGUGUGGAGCUAUGGAGUCACCAUGUGGGAGGCAACGUCGUAUGGGGAGAAACCUUACAAGGGCAAGCGUGAUCAGGAGAUUCUCAAGUUCUUGAUUGAGGACGGUAAGCGAAUGGAGAAACCCCCGCUGUGUGACGAGGACGUGUACGAUGUGAUGCUCGGCUGCUGGGAAUACGAAAAAGAACUUCGUCUCAAAUUCGCAGAGAUUGUAUCAGUCAUGGGCUCAAUACAUAAACGGAUGAUAAAUCGCGAAACUGGCACAUAAUGCUACGUUUCUGAGGUAAUACUAUUUAGAGUUUCAAUUUAUAAACCG